AAAAAUGUCCGUAAAACGUGCAACCCAAGUUCUGAGCAAUUCGGUUGCGGCUGGCAUAGAAAUGACCGAUAGCCAAAAUUUAUUCGGCUCCGACGAAUAUGUAUUAAAAUGUGCAAAGCCUACGCAGCUAUUUGUUAAAAAAAUGAAUGAUCUAUUCGAUGAUCUAGACUGCAAGAAUUUUGUUUCAAAAAAUCCCUUAAAAUGUCCGCUAUUGAAAAACGACUCCGGGAAGGUCCAACGCCUCUUUGAUUAUAUUAAGUAUUUGAAAUCAUUAAAACUUCCGAACAUGGCUUACAGUAAGUGUAUAGGUGGGUUCUGUUCCACAAUUGUUGGAAUGAUUCAGUUGAGCCAAGAAUUAUUCAGGGAACAAAAGGAAUUAAGUUUUAUAUUGCUUGGGAAACUGAAUCAAGACGCGUUGGAAAAUUUUUUUUAUAGGGUCCGGGCUAGCCAGGGUAUCAAUACCCAUCCGUCUGCCAAUGAGAUACAGUAUAUAGAAGCUCGUUUAAUUUCGAUGAAAAGUUUGAGGCAAAAUUUUCAAGAUAAGGGGGCUAAUUGUGAGGAUGAUGACGAUAUAAAUUUAGACUGGAACUUAGGCCCCGAAGAUCGUCAUCUCGAAGUAGAGGGAGUCGAACAUGAAUCUGAGCAACUCGACCUGGAAUCGUUUAUUAUUCCAGACGAAAACUUUGUUGAAGAGGACGACACAGCUGACGUCCAGAUCAAGCGGUAUUAUACAGGCUAUGGUAUUUACCAGAAAAUUUUGUGUAAAAUUUAUUGCAAAAAAUGCGCUAUGGCAAUGACGAAGACACAAAGUGAUUUAUCGCUUUAUUCGGAGGCCCUAAUCAAAGCGAAAAAUUAUAAGGAUGACGCGGAUUUAAGGCUAGUCAAUCCAAGUGAUAGGGUCUUCGAAGUGUGUCGACUGCAGAUGAUGUGGUACGUCAACCUUUUCAACAAAUAUGCUUAUUGUUCAAAUGUUCGUAGUCUGAUGUUGUCCGCAAUUAAAGAAAAAACGGAAAAUGUUUUUCCUGAGUGGUUUGACCCAACCGAUGAGUGUUUUACUCAUAAAAUUAAGUUGUUAGAAUACUUGGUAACGGUACUGUUAUUCAAAAACUCGAAAUGGUUAGUAAAAGAAGAAAUUAGUAAUGAACGACAUCGGAAGCGCGAUGCUAAACUAAAAAAACUUAAGUAAGUUGCAAGUCAAGACCGUUUGAUUUAAGAACAUCUUACUUUUGGGUUUUUUUAUUUUCAGCUUUUUCUUCUAUUUUCAGGUUUAUCUUGUUGUAUUUUCAGGUACUUUUUUCUUCUUAUUUUUCUCUUUUUUCAGCUUUGCAACUGAGCUUAGCUUUUUUAAACACAAAUGUUGUUUCCAUCUUGUUUAAGUGCAACAUUUGUUUUUAAAAAAGCAAGUGAAAUUCAAUGACUUUUUUUAUAUAUUAAGUCGUGUGAGAAAUUUCCAUUUCAAAUGGAUAAUUUCGUAAU